AAAUUUUUUUUAAGGUUUGGGUAACCAAAUGAAGUUCUUCCACAAGAAGAGAUAAAAGCCCUUCACAGUAGGAACUCAGGGCCUUCCUUGUAGAACUAGAGCCUGGGAAAGAGGCUCAACAUGGGACCCACUGAACUUCUGGGGUUUCUCUACCUUGAGACUCGCCCUCCAAGCCAGCCCACCCCUGCCUUCAGUUCCCAGCAGAGUGUUUGUAAAGAAUCUGUUUUUAUGAGUUCUUAUCUUUUUUCAUAACAAGUGAAGAGAAUCUGAUAAAUAGUCUUAUUUUCCCAAAGGGCUGGUGCUUUGGGGCUCUAUCUGAACUUGGACAUUUUGCUGGAGCUGGUGACUGGCCAGUUAAGAGCAGCUGACUGUCUCAGCCAAACCCUUGGCCCUCCCCCCGGAGGCUCCAGGUCUACCUGCCUGAGUUCCCUGAUGCCAGUCUGGACACCAGAUGAGGUUCUGUUAUGAACAGGACUAUUUUUUAUUUUAUUUUUAUAUAAUAAUUUCUUUUAUUUGUUAUUAAUACUAUGUUACUGUUAAUCUGUGUGCUAAUAGACUUUAAGAUUAUAGUGUAUAGUUCUUUUUUUUUUUAAUCUUUAUUUAUUGGAUAGAGACAGCCAGAAAUCAAGAGGGAAUGGGGGGGGUAGAGAGGAAGAGAGACAGAGAGACACCUGCAGCACUGCUGUACCACUCGUAAAGCUUUUCCCCUGCUGGUGGGGACCAGGGAUUCGAAUCUGGGUCCUUGCACAUUGUAACAUGUGCGCUCAACCAGGUGCACCACCACCCGGCCCUAUAAUGUAAAGCUCUACACCAAACUACCACCAGUGUUCUGUAUCCCCACCCUCCCACCUCCCAAAGAUAGCAACCACAGUUCUCAAAAGUCAUUAAACAGUGUUGUAGGUGUCUCUUUGUCUUUCUCACUCUCUUAUCACCCCUUUCUCUCUUGAUUUCUGACUGUCUUAGCCAAUAAAUGAGUAAAGAUAAUAGUGAUAAUAAUAAUAAUGACAGAAGUGGUGAGAUGACUGAAAGUAUCACACUGGGAAAGAGGUUUAAGAGAGUGGAUAAGUCUUUCUUUUUUUUUCUUGGAGGAGUCAUUAUUUCUCCAGACUAAGUUACUCUCAUCUUCUUUGUUUGCUAGAGUAGACUUCAGUUUCACAAACAGUGAGAGAACAGUCCUUAUAGCAAAUUUUGUGUGUGUGUGUUGUGUCUAAUGAAUGGAACCGAGUUACUGUAGACUGGAGGGAUUAAUGACUGACUUUAAAAAAGAAAGCCAAUUCAUAUGAAGACUAUAACUAUUUUUAUGUACUGUUUACGUUUUUUUUCUUUUCUGAUUUUUUUUAAUUGGGGAAUUCAUGUUUUACCUUCAACAGUAAGUACAAUGGUUUGUACAUGCAUAACAUUCCCCAGUUUCCCAUAUAACAAUACAACCCCUACUAGGUCCUCUGAAUCCUUCUUGGACCUGUAUUCUCCCCACCCACCACUUUACUUUGGUGCGAUAUGCCAAUUCCAUUUCAGGUUCUACUUGUGUUUUCUUUUCUGAUCUUGUUUUUCAACUUUGGCCUGAGAUUGAGAUCAUCCCAUAUUCAUCCUUCUGUUUCUGACUUAUUUCACUCAACAUGAUUUUUUCAAGGUCCAUCCAAGAUCAACUGAAAACGGUGACAUCACCUUUUUUUUUUUUUACAGCUGAAUAGUAUUCCGUUGUGUAUAUAUACCACAACUUAGAGCAAAAUUUUUUGUUCCAUAUGAGUACAGAAAACCAACAAGCAUUACACAGGUAAGACAAGAUUGUGUCAGUAGACAGUAACUCAGAAAGAAGUGCUGACAUAAUGAGAAAAGAACUUUUUUAAAAAAUUGUAUGGUCAAGCACUCUCUCUUCCUUGUUUUCCUCUUUUAUUUUUAUCUUCAUAACUUGAUCUUGAUCCAUCCUUGAUUUGUACACAGUUAAACUUUGUUAUUUAUGUAUUUCUUGCUUAAGCCCCCCCCCCCCCCCACAAUGUUUCAAUCAGCCAGGCACUUGGGAGCAAGAAGACCUUAGAAGUCAGACGGCUGGAGCUGGAAAGCAGUGGAGAUGGCAUCAGGAAUCUUGGUAGACAUACAGGAGGAGGUGACCUGUCCCAUCUGCAUGGAUCUCCUGAGAGAACCCCUCAUUCUGGACUGUAGUCAUGUCUUCUGCCAGGCCUGCAUCUUAGCAAAUGACAAGGAGUCUGGAACUGCCCAAGAAGGAGACAAGAGCUGUCCCGUGUGCAGGAUCAGUUACCAGCCUAAGAAACUGCGUCCUAUUCGGCUUCUGACUAACAUAGUGGAGAAACUCCGAGAGGUCAAGUUGAGCCCAGAGGAGAAGAAGAGAGAUCUCUGUGUGCGCCAUGGAGAGAAACUCCUGCUCUUCUGUGAGAAGGAUGGGAAGGUCAUUUGCUGGCUUUGUGAGAGGUCUCAGGAGCACCGCGGCCACCAGACUUUCCUCCUGGAGGAGAGUGCCCAGAAAUACCAGGAGAAACUCCAGGCAACUCUAGGGCAACUGUCAGAAAAGAAGGCAGAAGCUGAAGAAUUGAGAGCUCACAUCAGAGAAGAGAAAACUUCCUGGCAGAAUCAAAUAGAAGCUGAGAUUCAAAUUGUCCAGGCAGAGUUUAAACAGCUGAGAGAAAUACUGGACACUAAGGAGCUGGAAGAAAAGGAGAAGCUAAGCAAAGAGCAGGAAGGCAUUUUCUCUUGCCUGAAUAAGGCUGACAGUGAACUGAUCCAACAAAGUCAGUUGGUCCAAGAUCUCACCUCCGAUGUGGAGCGUCGAUUGCAGGGGUCGUUGAUGGAGAUGUUGCAGGAUGUGAAUGAUGUCAUAGAAAGGAGUGAGACCUUGACCUUGACGAAGCCACAAACUUUUCCCAUGGUCAGAAGGAGAAAGUUCAGAGUUCCUGACCUGAAGGGGAUGCUGCAAAUGUUUGAUGAACUAAGGGACAUGCAACACUACUGGGAUUAUGUGACACUCGAUGUUUCCUUUGAAAAACCAAGUAUUGCCAUUUCUGAGGAUCAAAGAGAAGUGAGAUAUGUGAGAAAUCAGAAUCUAUAUAAUGCCUAUCAGUACAAUUACGAAAAUUAUAGUGUUAUGGGAUCUACAGCUAUCACACCAGGGAAACAUUACUGGGAGGUAGAUGUGUCACAUAAAACAGCCUGGCUCCUGGGGAUAUGUUGUAAAAAUUACUCUAGAUCCACAAUCAGGUUAAUAAAUAAACUAGCUGAAAAUAGGGGCAAAUGUAACAUAGAUGUUUACUCUUUAUAUCAGCCUAAACAUGGCUACUGGGUAAUAGGUUUAACUAAUGGAUAUAAUGUUUUUGAAGAUUCCUCCACUGAUAACACCAAAGCUUUGACUCUUCCCAUGACUAUUCCUCCCCAUCGUGUGGGGAUUUUUCUAGACCAUGAGGCACACACUGUCUCCUUUUACAAUAUCACAAACCAUGGAUUUCUCAUCUAUAAAUUUUCUUCAUGCCAAUUUUCUAAUGACAUUUUCCCAUAUUUCAACCCAAUGACCUGCGAGUCACCCAUGACUCUGUGCUCUCCAAGCUCUUGAACCAUCUUACAACCUCUUCCAUUUUUAUUAUGCCUUGUACAUUAGACAAUUUUACCCCACAGUUUAUCUGCACUGUUCUGCUGCUUUCUCUUCCUCUCUACCUACCUAUUUUUCUUUUUUAAUGUCUUUUAUUCAGGAAUGAUGGAAUGGAUAACAUAUCUUUUUAUAACAUUUCCCCCAAGAUUACACUUCAAUUAGGAGGGUUGCUAGUUAAUAAGUUGUGCUAACUAGGAGAAAAAUGACUAAAAGAACAAAUCUGAAGGCAUCAUGGUCCCAGAUCUCAAACUUGAUUAUAGAGUCACUGUAAUCAAAAUUACCUGGUACUGGAACAAAUAUAGACCAGUGGAAUAGAAUUGAGAGGCCAGAAAUUAACCCUCAGUUCUAGGGACAUAUAAUUUUUGACUGGGGGGGGGGCAAAUUAUUAAAUGGAGAAAGGAGCAUCUCUUCCCAACAAAUGGUGUUAGGAAGAUUGGGUUGAAACAUGCAGAAGAAUGAAACAACUACUACAUUUCACUACACAUAAAAGUAAACUUCACAUGGAUCAAGGACUUGGAUGUUAGACAAAAAAAAACUAUCAAAUAUUUAGAAGAAAAUAUUGAUAGGACUCUUUUCCAGCUAACUUUUAUAGGCAUAGUCAUUGACACAAGUCCAAUUAAUGGAAGACAAAACAAAAAUAAACCAUUGGGAAUACAUCAAAUUGAAAAGCUUCUGCAGAGCAAAAGAAACCACUACCCAACAGAAGAGACAUCUUACAAACAUCUUUACAGGCCAUACAUCAGACACAAGGCUAAUAACCAAAAUAUGUAAAGAGCUCACCAAACUUAGCAAAAAAGAAAA